CAGAAGGCUGCGGCGCACCGCUGAAUGAACUGAUGAGAGAGAGUUCUAGGUUUGCCCGUGAGGGGCGCGGAGCGAGGGUCCUGGCGGGCGCGGCUGAGGCGCCAGGGGUGGGCUAGCGGUCCCGGGCCAUCGUGGAAAUUUCCAAGGACUUGGUGUGGCGCGGAAAGCGCAUCUGGGGGGUGCCGGGCACCGCGGCGGCGCAGGAGGCGGGGAAAGGGCGGUGCAGGGCGCAGGAGCAUCUCUUUCUGGAAGGGACACAACCCAUCAGACUACCGGGAGCCAGCCGCGCCUCUUCCAGGACCCCAGCCGAGGGCGACAGUGAUGCUGCAGUAAGGGCGGGAGCAACCGGCACCACUGCUCAGACCCCUUCAUCGCCCGGUGCCUGCAGGGAAAGAGACUAAGGCUCGUGAUUUGCCCAGAGGCCACUUCCUCUAGCAAGACAUCCCAGUAAAAGUUGCAUUGGCGAAGAUCCUUGUAGCUGACCUCUGGGGCCGUGGCGUGGGGGUUCCCCAGCCUUGCGUUUGCGAGCUGGAAAGCCAAAGGUGUGUGUGCAUGGGGGGCCGGCCACUGGAGCAUCCUUUGCUGCCACUUUGUCCAGCGUUGUGCUGAGGGUAAACUGACCCUGGGACACCGAGGCUGCGAUGAGCCCCUGCGGGCGGGCCCUACCUACGUCCAGAGGGGCCAUGGCCAUGCUGGUGCGGAAAUUCCCGCGUACCCGGCUACCCGUAGGAGCCAGUGCCCUCUGUGUGGUGGUCCUCUGUUGGCUCUACGUCUUCCCUGUCUACCGGCUGCCCAACGAGAAGGAGAUCGUGCAAGGGGUGCUGGCACAGCGCACAGCUUGGAGGACGAACCAGACGUCAGCCAGGCUCUUCAGGAGACAAAUGGAAGACUGCUGCGACCCUGCCCAUCUCUUUGCUAUGACUAAGAUGAACUCCCCCAUGGGGAAGAGCCUGUGGUAUGAUGGGGAGUUCUUAUACUCGUUCACCAUUGACAAUUCCACGUACUCCCUCUUCCCCCAGGCAACCCCCUUGCAGCUGCCAUUGAAGAAAUGUGCGGUGGUGGGAAACGGUGGGAUUCUGAAGAUGAGUGGCUGUGGCCGUCAAAUAGAUGAAGCAAAUUUUGUCAUGCGGUGUAACCUUCCUCCUUUGUCAAGUGAGUACACCAGAGAUGUUGGUUCCAAAACUCAGUUGGUGACAGCUAACCCCAGCAUAAUUCGCCAGAGGUUUGAAAACCUGCUGUGGUCCAGAAAGAAGUUUGUGGACAACAUGAAGAUCUACAACCACAGUUACAUCUACAUGCCUGCCUUUUCUAUGAAGACAGGCACAGAGCCAUCUCUCCGUGUGUAUUACACGCUGAAAGAUGUCGGAGCCAAUCAAACAGUGCUUUUUGCUAACCCCAACUUCCUUCGGAACAUUGGAAAGUUCUGGAAGAGUAGGGGGAUACACGCCAAGCGCCUGUCUACGGGACUCUUUCUGGUGAGUGCGGCCUUGGGCCUCUGUGAGGAGGUGUCCAUCUAUGGCUUCUGGCCCUUCUCGGUGAACAUGCAAGGGGAGCCCAUCAGUCACCACUACUAUGACAACGUCUUGCCCUUCACGGGCUACCAUGCCAUGCCUGAGGAAUUCCUUCAGCUUUGGUAUCUUCAUAAAAUCGGCGUGCUAAGAAUGCAGCUGGACCCGUGUGAGGAGCCAUCACCACAGCCCGCUUCCUAGGGACUGCAGAAGAAGAAAGGACUGGAUGGGGGAUAUUUUUGCUAGUUUUUUUUUUUUUUUUU